UUCUUUUCCAAGUAUGCAGUAAAGUCUCGUGUUUUUGUAGCCGCCAGAGCCAUGGCCGACAGUGACACUGUCGCAUUGGUCCUGCAAGCUCGACAUCGGCAGUGCGUCGAGGAGUUAUUCGACGAUUACGCAGACGAUUUUGAUGAGCAUUUGAGCUCUUUGGGGUAUGAAGUCCCGAAGAUAUUGCUGUCCGUUUUGCCCACGGGACGCUUCCGGCGUUGCAUAGACCUGGGAUGUGGUACUGGGCUCACUGGCCUAUCUAUCAGGAACUGCUGCGAUGUUUUAGAAGGGGUUGACUUGUCUUCCCGCAUGGUUGAAAAAGCAUUGGACCGUGAAAUAUACGAUGCAGUGCAUUGUGCAGACCUUGUGGCGCACCUUCGAAAGCAAGCUGCAGAUUCUUGUGAUCUUCUAGUGGCCACUGAUGUUGUGAUGUACCUUUGCUGUAUAGAGCCUUUGUUCCAACAGGCCAAGCGAGUACUCUCGGUGGGUGGAAUCUUGGCUUUCUCCACUGAGUCUGCCACUGAUAAAGAGGCUCCAGAUGGUGUUGUGGAAAGAGCCUCAGAGCGCUUUGCACAUUCUCGGAGCUUCAUUGUGAAGCUGGCGGAGGGUUUUGAGAAGGUGGAUGUCAAAGAAGUGAACAUUCGACGAGACGGGGAGGCUGGACAAGUCAUUGGAGACAUUAUUGUCCUUCAACGUGUUCCAGAUGAAUGCCUUUCAGGUUCAGGCAACCCAGUAUACACCAGUACAUAGAUCAGGACGAGGCCAGCAACUUCAAAGAAGGUUGCACAGCCUUUCCUUCCAUUUCCUUCAGAUUUGCUGAAGUUCAAAAGAAA